AUGACAACCCACUCCCACCCCGCCUCCCCCACCUCAUCCCCUUCCUCCCCAACCGCCUCCACGACCCACCGCGAGCUCAAAGGCGUCAAAGACCGCAACUGCCCCUUUUGCGGCCAAGCCUUCACUUCCUCCUCCCUCGGCCGCCAUUUGGACUUAUACAUCAAAUCCAAGAACCCCAAACCCCCGGAUGGCGUGCACGAUGUACAUGAGAUCCGGAGGAUACGCGGCGGGAUUACGCGACGGCAGCCGAGGGGGAGUGGGGGGAGGGAUGUUGAGGAAGGGGCGGCGGGUAAGAGGGAGGGGAGUAGUGGUGCGACUGGGACGUUCACGAAGCGCGAGGAGGAGGAUGUUGGUGAGGGGGCGAGGAAGAGGAGGCGGUUGAGUGAGGGGGGUGGGAAGGGGGUGAUGGGGAGGGAGUAUGUCAAGUCGCCUGUGGAGCGGGAUCCGGGGAUGCAGACGUGGUUUAAUACGGCGAAUUGGCAGGCGACUGGUGUGAUCAAUGAUUUACCGGCUCGUGCGACUUCGAGGUCGAGGGGCGCGACCCCGCCGAGUGCUGUGGGAGGGCAGGCGGCGCGGAUUUAUGAGAUGCGACGGGAUGGGUCGGGCAAUCGGAUUGAGCGCCCCGAGCAUGUGACGGAGGAGAUGUGGAAGUUGCAGGAGACGGCUGAGGUGGGCAAGGCUGCUGAGAUGGCUUUGAGAGAAGUGCUGGGGAGUUUGGAGGCAGCGAAGAAGAAGGCGGAGCCGAAGCAGUUGUAUGAGGACUUUGACUUCUUCGCGCUGUCGUUUCCCGGGCUGUGUUUGGCUAUCCUGCCGCCGCCUCCGGGCUUGUUUUCGACUACACCGUUCGCGGCGGCGCAUACGUGGGCUUUGGCGCCGCCUUGGGAGAAGCAGUACGAGGCAUUGAAUCGCAUGAUGAACGAGCGCUUGGCCUGGCUGCGAAACGCUAAGGGGGAAGCUGUGCAAGACUCUGUGGCGUUUCGGUAUGUGGUGCACAUGCAAGGCGCGUGGGAGCACUGGCAGACGAUGUCGGAAGCCGAUCGUGCAUCAGCCUGGUCGCUGGAGAUGAGCAGGGCAUUUGUGGGCGAAAAGGGAAAGAAGAACGACCUGCGCAUGGAGCUAGAGCGGGAGCAGCAGAGAGUCAGGCAUCUGGAGGCGGAGUAUGAGCGGUUAUCACGCUGUCAGCUGCCGAGAGAGUACCUGCUCCACCCACCCAACACGAUGCCCGUCCCGCCAGAGACCAUGAGAGCGAUGCAAGGCGCGCGAUCGAAAAGCGUCGCAGCAGAAUGGGACUACGACGCCGAAGCCCUACUCGAAAAAUGGAAAAGCGUCGUGAAAUCCACCGCCCGCCCGCCCAAGCGCUCGGCCUCGGACGGUCCACCGCACACGCAACCUUACUACGUCGAGACCCAGCGAAAUCCCAUGAGAGGCGACAUGGUGAUGAACGGGUCCCUGUUCGGUAUCGGGGGGCCUCUGCCGCGAGAUCAGAGCGGCGCGUAUCAGACGCCGCACGCGCCGGGGACGGCUGAGAGGUACGGGGAGGAGAUGUCGCGCGUGGUGGAUGAGGAGGGGGAGCAGGAUGGGGAGGGAGCGGAGGAGGUUGAUGGGGAGGGAGAGAGGCCGGGUUGGGCGAAGGGGACGAGGGCGUCGAGGAAUGGACGGCGGCUUGAUGCUGGGGGUACGAAUGAGGGAGGGUGA